AUGAGUAAACGUAGUAGUGACAAGAUGCAAGACAUAAAUAAGGGAACUUGGUCUAAAGAAGAAGACACAAGGCUUAUAAACUAUGUUACCACACAUGGGGAAGGGUGCUGGCGCACUCUUCCUCAGGCUGCAGGGCUACUUCGUAGCGGUAAGAGUUGUAGGCAAAGAUGGUUUAACUACUUAAGGCCUGACCUUAAGAAAGGAAAUUUUGGUGAAGAUGAGGAUGAUCUCAUCGUUAGGCUUCAUGCUUUACUAGGAAACAGGUGGUCGUUGAUUGCUGGGAGACUUCCAGGGCGUACAGAUAAUCAGAUAAAGAACUAUUGGAACUCACACUUGAGGAAAAAACUUGUAGAAAUGGGAAUCGAUCCUGAUAAUCAUCGUUUACCUCAAAGUUUCUUGGGUAGCCAUGUAACAAAAUCACAUGUUGGAAAUGAGGAUGAACUUGAUUCUGGAGGUUAUAUUGGUAACUUGGAUGAAAAUGAUCAAUGUUGUUCCAGUACCGGACCGAUAUGA